GAUUCUUGGCUAUCUCGUUAUCAGGCCGGAGCUUCUCAUCUGGACCGACCCUUAGAACGUGCUUCUGCGUAUUGUGCUAUUUUUCGUAUGAGAUUUCUAAUGACACCAUCAAGAAGUGAACAGGUAGAAUGGGAGGACUGGAUCCAGGUCGCCGAGCCAGGACUUCGAAAGCGAAUCCAGAAUCGCAUGUCUCAGCGCAGACACCGCGAACGAAAACGCCUUCAGAACCAGUCUGUUCAUCUGGAAUUAGGCUCUGCAGCGGCUUCAGAUCCGACAGCGACUGUGGACAGCGGUGCCAACGAAGUGGCGGCUAUUCCCAGAGGCGUUGCUGCAACUGUUACGAAUAGGAAAUAUACAUCUCGGUGUUUGACGCAACCUGAUGCACACGACGCGUCCGACAGUCAGACGUCCACCUUGGAUUCCAACAAGGAGCUGAACUUGCCCGAAUUUGACCCACAACUCUCCAUCGAUGACCUACUAGAUGGAGCUACCUAUCCGGAGACGAUUUCACCUCGCAUGCCUGGGGACGAAACGAGCACGGCACUGCCCAGCCAGGACUACGUCCCCAUGGACUGUCACCUGUCCGGACCAGUAUCCUCACCGAUUCCCUUCCUGUUCGACUCCGAAAAUGUAAAGUCCAGCAUGGGAUCUGUCGUUGGCAUCGACCAAGGGUCAUAUACCCCUCCUAGUCAAGUUCCCGCCGAUCCCUGGCGGGCACCGCAAGGCCAGUGUCGCUCAUUCUGCGAGCUAGGGAACUGGUGUUCGUCCCGUCACUCAACCAACCCUAAUUCCACGCGCACAGUUCCCAAAGUCCAUCAGACAACCCCGCAUAGUACUCUACACCCAGCAAGUAUCGAGAGCAGAGCCUGUAUGAACUGCGGUUGCCAUGUGUACCACAAUCGAGAGGAUCUCAAUCAGCUACACCGGAUAAUCCAGGAAAGCCCGGCGUUGUCCGAACUAGCUCGACAAUCUAAUGUGACGAUCAAGUUGGGAGUUCCCUCGCAGACGGAUCGCAGGGGUUUCCCGAGGCUCUCUAGUGCUAGAGUGGGUCCACCGUCGCCACCGCUGACAACAGAUACACGGUAUUAUCUGGAUGAGAAUUCGGAGGACCAGCAGCGAGUGAUUGUGGUGUAUAUUGGGAAUGCGAAUGAGCAUGAGUGAACGAAGCUCAUCAGUUAGAGGAAUGCGUCAAUACUUAGUUAGAUUCUUCCGAAAUUGCAAAUUUCGUCUAGACUUCGAGCUCGCGGCGAGACACAUUUAGAAUUAUCGCCAAGCACUAGCGAGACGAUACAUAAUAUUAUGGAAACGCGAAACCCUACUGCGUGCAAACCUGGUACACAAGACUAUGAAUCAGUAAUUAGAGCCUUAUAAAAAGCAUAAUGUCAGAUAUGACACCGCUCUAUAGAAGUUUUAUAUUUGGCUGCCUC